AUCAAAAAUAUAUAAAGCGUAUGGAAUUUACUUUUAAUGAAAUUUUUUCUUGCAGAAUUCCAUUUGAUACAAGGUUAGAAGCACUAUCUUUAUAUUCAUACGAUGACCAAAUCAAGGCUUGGGAAGAAGAACGUAAAAUGAAAGACUGUAUCCUGUUUGAUUUUUAUAAGCAAAAGCUCAAGUCUGUAAGCACGUAUGUUAAUGCUUUGGAAAGAACUAAGGGUUUUUUACUUCAAACAUUUGAAAAGGUUUAUAGGAAUCUUAGAAAAAGCGAAAGUAUCCAGAUGGCCAAAGGAGAAUAUCGAUUUCAUCUUGCAGACGUUCAACUAAACAUUUCUUCUUUAAUCAUACGACUAACAAAACAGAACAUCAAGGAUUUUGUAGAAGGUGAUCAAGAAUCUAAAGGUCGAAAGAAAACAAAAGAUACUGAUCUAAAAAAUUUGUCUUCAGAAAAUGAUAUCUUUACACAGUUGGAAAAAGAUGGAAGC